AUGGGGGGUGAGCAGGAUCCAAACAGUGACCAACCCCUGAACAGCCACGACAUCACUGCCUUUCGCAAGCCCCGCAGGCCCCUGGAGACCUUCAAAAAGGUGGGGAUCCCCAUCAUCGCAGUGCUGCUGAGCCUGUUGGCCAUUGUGGUUGCAGCCUUCCUCAUCAAGGUGGCUCUGGAUAAACACUACUUCAUCUGUGGAAGUCCGUUGACCUUCAUUCCGAGGGGGCAGGUGUGUGAUGGCCACCUUGACUGUGCCUCGGGGGAGGAUGAGGAACACUGUGUCACGAACUUCCCUGAGAAGCCUGGAGUGGCAGUCCGCCUCUCCAAGGACCGAUCAACCCUGCAGGUGCUGGAUGCGGCCACAGGGACCUGGGCCUCUGCCUGUUUUGACACCUUCACGGAAGCACUGGCUGAGUCGGCCUGCAGACAGAUGGGCUAUGACAGCCGACCCACUUUCAGAGCCGUGGAGAUUGGCCCAGACCAGAAUCUCACUGUAGCUCAAGUCACAGGAAACAGCCAGGAGCUUCAGAUGAAGAACAUCAGUGGGCCCUGCCUUUCCCUGGUUUCCCUGAGCUGCCUUGAAUGUGGAAGGAGCCUGAAGACUCCUCGCGUGGUGGGCGGGGUGGAGGCCUCUGUGGAUUCCUGGCCGUGGCAGGUCAGCAUCCAGUAUGACCGGCAGCACGUCUGUGGUGGGAGCAUCCUGGAUCCCACCUGGAUCCUCACAGCAGCUCACUGCUUCAGGAAGCAUCUUGAUGUGUCCAACUGGAAGGUGAGGGUCGGCUCAAACAAACUGAGCCACUUUCCAUCCUUGCCCGUGGCCAAGAUCUUCGUCACCGAGCACAAUGCCCUGCACCCCAAAGAGAAGGACAUCGCCCUUGUCAAGCUGCAGUCGCCGCUCACGUUCUCAGACACCAUCAGGCCCAUCUGCCUGCCCUUCUAUGAUGAAGAGCUCAUCCCAGCCACACCACUCUGGGUCAUUGGAUGGGGCUUUACAGAGCAAAAUGGAGGGGAGAUGUCUGACGUACUGCUACAGGCAUCAGUCCAGGUCAUUGACAGCACACGGUGCAACGCAGAGGAUGCCUACCAGGGAGAAGUCACCGAGGAGAUGCUGUGUGCAGGUAUCCCACAAGGUGGUGUGGACACCUGCCAGGGUGACAGUGGCGGGCCUUUGAUGUACCACUCUGACCAGUGGCAGGUAGUAGGCAUUGUGAGCUGGGGCCACGGCUGUGGGAGCCCAAGUACCCCUGGAGUGUACACCAAGGUCACUGCCUAUCUCAACUGGGUCUACAAUGUGCGGAAGUCUGAGAUGUAACACUGCUGUCCGCCACAUCCAAAAGCUCCUUCCCUUCAGACCUGCCCACUGCCUGAUCCCUCAAAGUCAAGAGCCUCCUUGAACACGACUCUGGUAUUUCCUGCAGCGACCAAGGACCCAGACACACACAUUGCAGAGUGCCCAGAAGGAAGUAGGGUGUGCUAGUUCAGCCACCCAUGUUUCUCCCACAACCCCAGGGAGACAUGCAUUCCACUGAGGGAAACCAGACCGUCGAUUCAGUUCUCAGACGUAUUGUUCAGCCAAGGAGGCUCUCCCUUCCGCUGAAGGAAUGGAAGUCGGCUCUCUCCUGAGAGUCCAGAUCACUAAGGGCUGAGUCAAGGAGAAAAGGAUCUGAAAGGACUUUGUCUUCUUUGCCCCAUUCCUAAAUCCACUGCGGUAGGAAAUCGGUCAGUUCUAACGUGCGCUGUACAGAUAUAAGAUGGGUUGACAAUGUAAGAUGGAUUGGUCUGAGUUACUGUGCUGCUGUGUUACUGUGUUACUGUUACCUCUCACCACUGUGGUCGCCAUCAUUAAACAGCCGUGAGAAAUCUUUGGCAUAGACUUCCUGGACAGCUUGAUGAGACUCCAACUAAGACCGCCACACCUCUAGUCUUUGGCCCGGUGUUGUGUGACUGUUCCCCGGAAAAUGUGAACAAAUGUCCCUUUGACACAAAUAGGGCACCAAGGACAAACCAAAGAAAUGACUCCACCAGAGUCUAGAUUGCUGAUCCAAUGAGUUUAUUGGGGUGGCUUGCAGGUGCAUGGGUGACUGGAAGACAGCUGUAUCCCCAAAAAAGCCCACUCCCAGCAUAGAUGUAAUACAUGAAUGAGGCUUCAUUGAAGUUCUCCACACAGCAUUCAGACAGAUGCAUGGACGCUCUGUCUGUCCUGUGUAUCCACCUUUCCUGGCAAUUGGUGAUUGCUUGUAUAUACUUGGAAAGGGCCUCGUGGGUCUUAUGACUCUCUGGGCUUCUUGUACCUUGUAGGCUUCAUAAACUACACCUUUCAUUAGCUUUCUAUAUCUUAUGAGCGCACCACCCCCUCUUUCCAGGAAGAAGUAUUUCAAUUCAGAGGAAAUAUAGACA